AUGUACCCCAAUAAAUUUAUAAAAUAUGACGAAAAACGCAUAGAAAUUAUGAACAUGUUGUUCAGUUUACCAGAAAUUCACAUGCUAUCGUGCAUUAUUCACUUCCUCAACACGGAUCCAUCGCACGUGCUUCAGGAAAAAGGUGUGAUGAAGGGAAAUUUGCACAUGUCUUACACUUCCAUUUAUGAGGAUGUUAGGGCAGCAAGAGACUGGAUGCAUCAUGGUGAGCUGAAAUGGCGUACUUUGGCUGAUUUGCAUUGUUAUCUGGAUCAGGACAAUCGUCUAUGCACUCUGCUUGAUCGUUUGCGGAGCAAUGGAGCCAAGAUGUUUAUACUUGCCAACCGCGGAUUCGAUUACACUAACGCCAUCAUGACCCAUAUUUUGGAGAUUCCAAGACCGGACGGCACUAUCCGAAAGUGGAUCUCCUAA